AUAAUUUGUUUGUGCAUGAAGCCACCGUCCUUUUAGCAACCACUACAACUUUACACACGCCACUCCUCUAGAGAGAGAAAAAGAUGGCGGAGGAGAGAACACACGGAAGCUCAGUCGCAGUCGCCUCUGCCGGAGCACCACCGACGGUGAAAUCAAUCUUCAUUUAUCCGAUCAAAUCAUGCAAGGGCAUUUCUGUCUCAAAAGCACCUCUUUCUCCUACAGGGUUUGUGUGGGAUCGUCAUUGGGUGGUGAUUAACUCGAAAGGCCGAGGCUACACCCAAAGGGUCGAGCCUAAGCUCGCUUUGGUUCAAGUGGAGCUACCCCUCGAGGCUUUUUCUUUCGGUUGGGAGCCCAACAACUCUUCUUACUUGGUGGUACGUGCUCCCGGGAUGGCUGAGCUCAAGGUCUCACUAGCUAAACCAGAUUUACGGUCUGAUGGAGUAUCGGUCUGGGAAUGGUCAGGCUCGGCCUUGGAUGAGGGAGAUGAGGCUGCUAAAUGGUUCACUGACUUCCUCGGGAAACCUAGCCGCUUGGUACGCUUUAAUGAAGAGUCAGAGACGCGACCCACUGACCCUCAUUAUGCUACUGGAUUCAAUGUGAAAUUUCCAGAUGCUUUCCCCUACCUUUUAAUCUCCGAGCCUUCAUUGGAUGCGUUGAACGAGCAACUAAAGGAGCCAGUCAGCAUAAACCGAUUUAGACCCAACAUCUUUGUGAGUGGUUGUGAACCAUUUGCUGAGGACCUCUGGAAACAAAUCAAAAUUAACGAGUUGACUUUUCGAGGCAUCAUGCUUUGCCCCCGUUGUAAGGUACCCACUAUCGAUCAAGAGGACGCGACAAUAGGAAGUGAACCAAGGAAAACCAUGAUGAAGUUCCGAUCUGCUGAAGCCUUGGAAGUGAACACCGCAACCACCAAAUAUAAAGGACAGCCUUACCUAGGGCAGAUGCUGGUGUGUGAGGAUCAUAAGACCAACAAAGGGAAGAUUGUGAGUGUUGGAGACAUUAUUGAGGUGGAAAAGGUAUUCCCUUCAUAUGCAGAUGUUGCAGUUUAAACUCUCCUGGCUUUCAAAACUAAUUAAUAUGUGAAGUCUGCUAGUUGUUCUUUGUUCCAUGAAUACACAGAAUCUUGCUAAAUGAAUAAUAUGUAAUGUCUAGGAGUUCUUGGAUCUUUGUACAAAUUUUCAACGAAUAAUGGUGAAAACUAUUUAAGUUGAUUGUUAUAAUUUAAA